GUCUGACAAAACAAAACUAAUAAAUAAGAUACAAAAGAUUAAGCACAAGUAGAACAGAGAAAUCAAGCUUGCAGAUGCCCAUGGAAGACGAUGAGAAAGACGGGGAUAAUUUUGUCUCAAAAAAACUUUUUUCUUCUCUAAACUCACUGGUUUGGGGUUUGGACAAUAUUUUCAUUAAAAGUCCUUUAAGUUUAUACAAGGAGGGCUAAUUACAAUCAGCGAAAAGUUUGGCUGUUUGUAAAAGGCAGUCUGAGCUGUGUAGGAGCUUUCGAAGAGCCAAGUUUUUCCAGAGCCCAGACUGUUUUUCCAAACAGGCAAGCUACACACGCCUUCUAAAUCGCCUUACUCUGCAUAGACGUGUAUGCAUUAUAUCGCAAAUGCUGCUGUGAGAUCUCUCCUCUCGCCCCACGACGUGUGUGCAUCCCUCCUCUCGCCCCACGAUGUUACUUUUCUCGCCCUACGACGUUGCUUCUCUUCGCGUGGUCCAGAUUCUCUUUCUCUCUCUCUAGCAGACUAGUAGCUUCUGACUUCCACUGUUCAAGCUGAAGUUGCUUGGUUAGUCCACAAUCCACAACUGGGUUCUUGUCAAGGAUAAGUUACAACCCUCUCUCUCUCAUUAUCAAUGUUUGCUUGUCAGUAAGAUUCCUUGAGAUGGAAAAUAGCUGUUCUUCGUAUCAUUAGCUGAUUCUUAGUUUCAUGGAAGAUGAAGAUAUCAAAUUACGUUUCUCUACUGGUGGAUCCAAAAAGUAGAUCAUGUCUCUGUGGAGCUGCUUUGAUUUGUGUAGCCCUCUUGAUUGGGAGUGCAUUCACAGCCAGAAACUACAAAGAUGUGGGUUUCCCCUCAAGAUGUGGCAAGACUUUUCAACUGAGACUUUUUGAGCUAACCGAAGAAAAGAGGGAAGGUUAUGUGGAAAGCUACAAGGCAACUAUUUGUUGGGUGAUUUGGGAAGAAAGGAAUAACAGAAUAUUCUUGGAGAAGAGUAGAACAAUGGAGGAGAAAUUCUCAAGAUGGGGAGCUGUUGAUACCCAGAAGAAUAGGCCAUCUCAUGCAUGCAAGAAUCAAUGCCAGCCUUAUGGGAGUGAAGCAUUGCCAAAAGGUAUCCUUUCCACAACAGCCGACUUGGAAAUGCGACCAUUAUGGGGCACACCAAUGAAAAUGGCAAAUGUGAAGCCUUCAAUGAACUUAUUAGCCAUUUCUGUUGGAAUAAAGCAAAAGGAAGUUGUCAAUCAAAUGGUUAAGAAGUUUCUUUCAAGUAACUUUGUUAUAAUGCUUUUUCAUUAUGAUGGUGUUGUGGAUGAAUGGAGGGACUUAGAAUGGAGUGAUCGUGCUGUUCAUGUUUCUGCAAUUAAUCAAACUAAAUGGUGGUUUGCCAAGCGUUUUCUACACCCAGACAUAGUUGCUGGAUAUGAUUACAUUUUUGUUUGGGAUGAGGAUAUUGGGGUUGAAAAUUUCCACCCAGGACGCUAUUUAUCAAUCAUUAAAGAUGAAGGACUGGAGAUAUCACAGCCAGCACUUGAUCCCACUAAAUCAGAGGUGCAUCAUCAAAUUACUGUUCGUGGGAGGAAAUCAAAAGUGCACAGAAGGAUUUACAAGUUAAAAGGCAAAGGGAAGAGGUGUGAUAACAAUAGUACAGCUCCUCCAUGCAUAGGUUGGGUAGAAAUGAUGGCACCAGUUUUUUCAAGGGCAGCCUGGCGUUGUACAUGGUAUAUGAUCCAGAAUGACUUAAUCCAUGCAUGGGGCCUGGAUAUGCAACUUGGUUACUGUGCUCAGGGUGAUAGAACCAAAAAUGUUGGGGUGGUGGACUCAGAGUAUAUAGUUCAUUUGGGCCUCCCUACACUUGGAGUUGUAGAUGAGAACAAGGCACCAUUUGACUCCCAUGUAAUUGACGGUAGAUCAUCAGUUAGAAGACAGUCCUACACUGAAUUGGAAAUCUUCAGAAGUAGAUGGGAAAAGGCAGUAGAGGGUGACAAAUGUUGGAUUGAUCCAUAUAAAAAACCAGCAAAACAGAGCAGCCGUUAGUGUAUGUAAAAGCUGUUAUUACCUUACAGAGACUGGCUGUUAGUAAUAUUCAAAAGCAUGUUGUAUGUUCGUUCACACCGAACUAGAUGGAUCCAUCAGAUGGCCGGAACAAUUCCAUUCCAGCCAAUAGUUAUAUCUUAGAUUGGUCAACAGCAUAUGUGGAUUAUUUGUAUGCAAAUAUGGAAAUGCUAAUUGGGAUUUGUCUUCCCUGAGUGCUGAUAUAGAUUGUAUCACUUUUUUUAUGAUAUGAUACUAAUUCUAAUCAGAUGAACCACAAAAUAUGUAAUUGUCAUGAUACUAGGACUUGAUAACCUUUUCUUGGGAGGUAACUUGGAGUGUGAAAAGGCACUUUUGGAUGA